CUAAGUGCUAACUUUGACUCAGGUGACAGGUCCUGAGUUAGGUUGACCGGGUUAAAGAUAUUCUAAAGUUACUUUAAAAAUUGCUAGUAACUCAACUUAAAAUCAUAAAUCCGUAUAAAGUUUGGAGUAAUUUAAAAAAUUACGAACGGUCUUAGCGUCUAGUCAAAUAUACAACGAUGAAAUAAAUUAAAGUCACAAAGUCCGUCUAUUUAUAUUUUUGUAUUUAUUUGUUAACUUAACUCGUUAUUAGUAGUAAGAGAACAAUAUGCACUUGUUAAACGCCAGGUACGCUUUGAGAGCGACAGCGUCUCAGUUUCAAGCAUGGAGUGUGGCCCGGAGUCGAACUGCUUCAACAGAAGCAAAGCCCGUAGAAUACAAGCCCAUAAGAAGCCUAUUAGUGGCGAACAGAGGCGAGAUUGCAAUCAGAGUGUUUCGAGCUUGUACUGAAUUGGGCUUGAGGUCCGUUGCUAUAUACAGUGAGCAGGACAAACUGCAGAUGCACAGGCAAAAAGCAGACGAGUCAUAUUUGGUCGGCAAGGGUAUGUCGCCGGUUGAGGCGUACCUCAGUAUCCCGGAGAUAAUUCGAGUGGCCAAGGAGAACGAUGUGGACGCUGUUCAUCCUGGAUAUGGACUGUUGUCCGAAAGAUCAGACUUUGCCCAGGCGGUGAUUGAUGCCGGCUUGCGGUUUAUCGGCCCGUCUCCGAAGGUCGUACAGCAGAUGGGUGAUAAGGUCGCUGCCAGGAAAGCUGCCAUUGAAGCUAAGGUGCCCAUAGUCCCUGGAACAGAUGGUCCGAUUACAACUAAAGAAGAAGCGUUGCAGUUUUGUAAACAACAUGGAUUACCAGUAAUAUUUAAGGCAGCGUACGGCGGCGGAGGUCGAGGUAUGCGCGUAGUCCGGGAGAUGAGUGAAGUAGAGUCGUCAUUCGAGCGAGCGUCGUCCGAAGCCCUGGGCGCCUUCGGCAACGGUUCCAUGUUUAUCGAACGAUUUAUCGAACGACCGAGACAUAUCGAAGUGCAGUUGCUUGGUGACAAAGCCGGGAAUGUAGUCCAUUUGUACGAGCGGGAUUGUUCGGUGCAGCGAAGACAUCAGAAGGUUGUCGAGAUUGCGCCCGCGCCGAUGCUUGAUCCAGAGGUCCGUCAGAAGAUGGUGGAUUGUGCGGUACAUUUGGCCCGUCACGUCGGCUACGAGAACGCCGGAACUGUCGAGUUCCUGCUUGAUGAUAAAGGGAACUUCUACUUCAUCGAAGUCAACGCCAGGUUACAAGUAGAGCACACGAUAACCGAAGAGGUGACUGGCAUUGACCUGGUCCAGUCCCAGAUCCGAGUGGCUGAGGGUAUGACCCUGCCGGAGCUGGGUCUGACCCAGGACAAGAUCCACGCGAACGGUUUUGCGAUACAGUGCAGGGUCACUACAGAAGAUCCCGCUAAUAACUUCCAACCAAGCACUGGAAGGAUUGAAGUUUUUAGGUCUGGUGAAGGUAUGGGUAUUCGAUUGGAUUCAGCGUCGACUUAUGCCGGGGCCAUCAUAUCUCCCUACUACGACUCAUUGCUUGUCAAGGUUAUUUCUCACGCACAAGACUUGCCAUCUUCAGCUGCCAAAAUGACCCGAGCGCUCAAAGAGUUUAGGAUUCGAGGUGUCAAGACCAACAUUCCGUUUCUACUCAACGUACUCGAGAACCAAAAGUUCCUCAACGGUGCUGUCGACACAUACUUCAUAGACGAACAUCCAGAGUUGUUCAUGUUCAGAGCAUCACAGAACAGAGCACAGAAGAUUCUCAACUACUUAGGUUAUGUCCUUGUCAAUGGGCCGGCCACACCUCUAGCUACCAAUAUACCGCCUUCAAACGUGACACCUUUUAUACCACCCGUACCACUGGACCUUUCACCAGAGGCCAUUAAAAAACAGGAAAAGACUGGUGAGAAUACGGCCAUCCAACCACCGAAGGGCUACAAGCAGAUACUGCAAGAGGGCGGCCCGGAGGCAUUUGCCCGGGCAGUCCGCAACCACAAGGGCCUGUUGUUAAUGGACACCACGUUCCGCGACGCUCACCAGUCCCUACUCGCCACCAGGGUGCGAACUCACGACCUGCUCGGAGUGUCGCCUUACGUCGCGCACAACUUCAAUCGGCUAUACUCGCUCGAGAACUGGGGCGGAGCAACCUUCGAUGUCGCUUUGAGGUUCCUCCACGAGUGUCCCUGGGAGCGUUUGGAGGACAUGCGUCGAUUGAUCCCGAAUAUUCCAUUCCAAAUGUUGCUGCGAGGCGCCAACGCCGUAGGAUACACCAACUACCCCGACAAUGUCGUCUACAAGUUCUGUGAUAUGGCCGUAAAAACUGGCAUGGACAUAUUCCGUGUGUUCGACUCGCUCAACUAUCUGCCAAACCUGAUACUCGGGAUGGACGCGGCAGGAAAAGCAGGAGGCGUGGUGGAGGCUGCGAUAUCUUACACUGGUGACGUGUCCGACCCGAGCAAGACGAAGUACGACCUUAAGUACUACAUGAAUCUCGCCGAUGAACUCGUUAAGGGCGGGACUCAUGUGUUGGGGAUCAAGGAUAUGGCGGGAUUGUUGAAGCCGCAAGCUGCUAAGUUACUCAUAACUGCUAUCCGCGACCGUCACCCCGACAUACCAAUCCACGUUCACACACACGACACGUCCGGCGCGGGCGUGGCCUCCAUGUUGGCUUGUGCCGAGGCCGGCGCCGACGUCGUCGACGUGGCGGUUGACUCCAUGUCCGGUCUGACGUCACAACCCAGUAUGGGCGCUAUCGUCGCGUCACUGCAGUCCACGCCGCUCGAUACUGGUAUAUCUCUGCAAACUGUGUCGGAGUAUUCCGCGUACUGGGAACAGACACGAACGCUGUACGGGCCGUUUGAAUGCGCGGCCACUAUGAAGUCCGGUAACGCAGACGUGUACCUCAACGAGAUCCCGGGCGGCCAAUACACUAACUUGCAGUUCCAAGCGUUCUCGUUGGGGCUGGGCACACAGUUCGAGCAAGUCAAGAAGGCUUAUAGAGAGGCGAACUUGCUCCUCGGGGAUAUCAUUAAAGUGACACCCUCCUCGAAGGUGGUAGGUGACCUCGCGCAGUUCAUGGUGCAGAACAAGCUGACGGCAGAUGAUAUCAGGGCUAAGGCUGAGGAGCUGUCCUUCCCCAAAUCUGUGGUGGAAUACUUCCAGGGUGCCAUUGGAAUUCCGUACGGAGGAUUCCCGGAACCAUUAAGAUCACAAAUCCUGAAAGACAUGCCGAGGAUCGAGGGUCGACCAGGUCAGGAGCUGCCGCCGCUAGACUUCGACAAGCUUAAGGCCGAAAUUAAAGAAUCUCAUCCUGAUGUAAACGAUUUGGACGUGAUGUCAGCGGCGAUGUACCCGCAAGUAGCGAACGACUACUUCCGUAUGCGGGACAAGUACGGACCUGUCAAACAUCUGGACACGAAGACCUUCCUCGUCGGGCCCAAUGUCGGAGAGUCGAUCGAAGUUAAAAUCCAGCGCGGUAAGACCCUGGACAUCAAGACGGUCGCCGUGUCGGAUGAGAUGACGGCCGCGGGAGAGAGAGAAGUGUUCUUCGAGCUCAACGGUCAACUUCGCUCCGUGUUCAUCAGGGACGAGAACGCAAGCAAGGAAAUGAAAAUUCACCCGAAAGCCGUGAAAGGCAACAAGAAUCAGGUUGGAGCGCCCAUGCCUGGCACAGUGCUAACAAUCAAGGUAAAGGAAGGUGACAAAGUAGAAAAGGGCCAACCAAUAGCUGUACUGUCGGCCAUGAAAAUGGAAAUGAUAGUUCAGGCGCCAAUGGCCGGGGUUGUGCAGUCUGUGGCCAUCACCAACGGCCAGAAAUUGGAGGGAGACGACCUCAUCUGUAACAUAGAGUAGGGUGUUCUCCUUUAGGCUAAGCAUAUGCUGAGACGCAGAUGACGCGGGUACACGCAGAUUUUGUAAUAUUUUAUGUACGUACUUAGCGGUACAAAAAAGCAAUCCCUAGACAUGCGUCUGUCCUGCUCUCCGUCUCGUUGAAACGCCGGCACAGAUUUCUGUACAAUUCGUGUAUGUUUUUUACCGUUAAUUCAAAUUUGUACGCAUGUUUUUACGUUAAUUCAACUUUGUACGCAUGUUUUACCGUUAAUUCAACUUUGUACGUAUGUUUUAACCGUUAAUUCAAUUUUGUACGCAUAUUUUUAUCAGCUAAGUCUUCAGAUUAUUUAAUUGAAUAAGUGCGUUGUGAAUCUUAUUUGUUUUGCCAAUCAUCCAGACUAUUCAAAAAAGACAUUAAAAGAGUUUAUAAGUUCUAGAUAUCUCAAACGUGUUUUGCUGCGUCGCAGCAUAUGCUCGUGGCCUAUGUCUGCCUCUCCUGCCCUGCCCUGCUAAAUCUGUACUGUGCUGUGCUUCAUCACCUGCGUCUCAGCAUACGCUUAACCUAAACGGUGCCAGUUACAAAUGUUAAUUGUUUGAAUGAAUAAUUAAAAGCGCCCCCUGUCGGAAUUAUGUAUAUGGAAACAAAUUUCAAACAUUUUGAUGUGUUCGCUAUUGAGUGUGUGGUGAACUCUGAUGGAAUAGGCGUCUCGCGAUACGAAAAUACGAUAAAAUAAUUUAUUUAAGUUAGUACCUACUCGAAAUGUCAUAAUUUUUUGAUUAAUAUUGUAAUUGUAACGCUCAAACUUCUUAAAACGUACAUAUCGUACGUAAUGAAAAGUUAAAAUACAUAUCAGAGUUUAAAAAUAACUUAAAUAUUUUUAAUAAAAUAAUAUUGUUACCGUUUAUAAAUUAAAUUAUUAAAAAAGGAUAAUAUUAUAUUCGUUAUUAUAAAAUCUAGUUGUUUUCAGUUCAAACGAAUUUAAAUAUUUGUUUGUUGUAUUAUACCCACUAGUAGCGCUUGGGGGUUAUGUUUGAAAAAGACCAUAUGAGUAAUGAUUUAUAUAAUUUAAAGUAAUGUUUAUUAAACUAACAUAUUUUACAAAACAAUAAAUAUUUCACACAACUGCAUAAUGUUAUUUACUAUUUCAUUUAAAAAUCAACUAUUUUUUUUAUUAUCACAAUGAUUAAUUUGUACCUAACUUAAUUUUUUUAUAUCAUUUUAUGUAUACUCGUACGUCUAAAGAUAAUUUCAAUUCAAUUCAGUGGAAUUUUUUAUGUUGAACAUUUAGGCUUUAUUAUAAGUUAUAGGUGUAAAAUUAUUGUUAUAAGCUGGAGUUUUAUGUUAUUUUUUUAUAUAUUUUAAUCAGGAUAAUGAAGUAUAGAAAUGUGAUAAGUUUUUAGGGUUUAUGUAUCGGCAAUGACUUAUAUUAUGUCCAAUUUAUAAAACAUGUAUAAAUUUAUAGGAACUUAAAUCUUGUACUUUAAGUUAUAAUGCUUUUGUGAUUUAAAAUCAUCACAGUACUAAUUGUAGUUUUUAAUUUAAUUUUAACUCCGAAAUAAUAUCGAAUGUUAUCGGUAAGAGUUAAUCAAAUUUGAUUUUAAAAGACUUAGAAAAUAUGAUAAUCACUUUUUUUUUUUGAUUGUUUAUUUAUAUUUUUUUAAAUGUCGUAACGACUUUAUGUGGUGCUCACUGUUAAUUUUGUUAAUAUUUAUCAAAUAAAUUUCUAGAAAAUUAA